AUGUCGCUGUCCAAGCAACGCAUAUCCUCACCCCUCGAGGCAGGCCGAUCUAUCCUCGAUACACACAACCUCCCUCCUCAUCUCACUGAGGCCCUCGAGUACACAUCCAAGCGGCUAGCGAGGAAGGCCAUACACGUCACACUACUCGUCAUACAGAACACCCAGCUCCCAAGCACGCCGCCGCCGCGCGCCAUGCCCGCGUCGCCCCCAGCCACCCCUGACUACUCCACAACGGGCUUCACCUCGCCCGUACGCUUCACAUCACCCGUUACUGGGCUGAGGCAGCUGGUGCGGAGGGGCACCAACGCCUCCACGGCCUCUUCCGCAUCGUCGAUCACGACGGCUUCAGAAAGCGCAACCACAUCCCCGACCUUCUCACCGCCGCCCUCAGAUGGCCUCCCCAGCCCCCGACGCUGGAUCCUGCCUCCCACACCGGGCAGCCCGCCACCCCGAACCCCCAUGACGCCGCAUACGCCCUCCAGCACCGCCACAACCACCGCCUCCUCCAGCGCCUCCCAGGCCCAGUCUCUAUCCCAAUCCCUGUCCCUGUCCCUGUCCCCAAGCAGCCCAUUGACCUUCGGCAUCCGCCUAAUCCCCACCGCCCCCUUAUCACCCAAAGCCGAGAAGACGCUCCGCGCCACCCUGUCCAAAGCCGAGCACAAGUUCCGCACGCGGCUGCCGCCCACGACCACGGCGGCGGCCGCAGGCCUACACGCCAACCUCCUGCACCGCAGCGUCGCCCAAAACGAGGCGCUGUUCGCGGGCGAGGAUGAGGGUCUUGUGCUGCUGGGGCUCGACCGGCUGUACUGCUUCAAGGCGGCGCUGGCGGCCUAUGCCAGGGCUUCGAUUGCGGCUUCGCAUGCUGCUGCUGCUAGUGUGGAGGCGGCGGACACACCACUGGGCUCGCCUGGGUUGUCGAAUCAUCCCAUCACUACGGGAUAUGGGCCUGGGACUGGGGUUGGGACUGGACGUUCAGGGGAAGAUAGCACGCGUCUCGAAGACGCGGUCGACUCCAUGAGACGUCUUGUGUUGGCGAAUGGUGGCCGGCCUGUGCCCAAGUCCGAGGUCUACCGAUGUUACGACUGGAUGGGCGUCUACCCGCGAGCGCUGGCCGAUGUAGAGAAGAUGUAUCGGCGCGCGUACGGGGGGCCGGAGCGGAGGGGGCCGUUCGAGGUCGUGCCCGUCUUCGCAAACACGAAUACGAAUACAAAUACAGCAGGGGAGAGGGAACAAGAACGAGAGGGAGAGUUCGACAGGCAAGAGGUCGUGAUGAUGGCGGUAAAGGAGUUCAAAAUCGGCACGCCGCCACCGCCCAAAUCACAAAUGACGCCCGUCCUGAAACUAAACACAAACAUCCCCACGAGUCCGCGGCUCGUGAGGCCAAAGCCCACGAAACCCGCACCUCAGACCCAACCAGUCGAAACCCAAUCCGAAACACAAACCCAAAUCCCACACCAACUCCACGAGCUACAAAUCCGCAUCGACGACAUCGAAUCGUCCGAAUCGCCCCCUGAAGAAUACGAAGACGAGGACGGCGACCGCACAGCGCGCCCCCUCGCCGACGGACCCCUGCGCUCCUCGCUGCUGUGGCAGAACGCCAACGCGCUGCUGCUGGCGGGCGGCAUGUCCAUCGACGAGAUGCUGUCGCCGUGCGACUACAGGGCUUCGCAGCAGAUGGCGUCGCCGCUGGGGCCCAUGACGCCGAACGGAUACGACGAUAUCUCGCCCGUUACGCGGGGCGAAUGGGGUUUCUUGUUCAAGGGCGCCGGGUGGACGGGGGCGCGGACGGCGGCGGUGGAGACGUGUUGA